GCCGCGUCUUCCGGAGGGAUCUCCUGUCAGCCGGCUGAUCCCACCACCCGCUCCACCGCCUGGACCCGAGGUUUUCGCGAGUCCUCGGAAACUGAGGGACAGCAGAAAUGGCGGAGCGGAACCAGACGGCGCCUGAGGCAGGCAGUGAUUUGGGAAAUGAUGAAGCCAUUGGAGGAAAUGUGAGCAAAUAUGCGGUGCUUCCAGUUGGGUACUGUGGACAGCCCAAGAAGGGACAUCUUAUUUUUGAUGCAUGCUUUGAGAGCGGUAACCUUGGCCGGGUGGACCAGGUCUCUGAGUUUGAGUAUGAUCUCUUCAUUAGACCGGAUACCUGUAAUCCACGCUUCCGUGUCUGGUUCAACUUCACUGUUGAAAAUGUGAAAGAAUCACAGAGAGUCAUUUUCAAUAUCGUCAAUUUUAGUAAAACCAAGAGUCUUUAUAGAGAUGGGAUGGCCCCAAUGGUGAAAUCUACCAGCCGACCAAAAUGGCAGAGACUUCCACCAAAAAAUGUUUACUACUACCGCUGCCCAGACCAUAGAAGAAAUUAUGUGAUGUCCUUUGCAUUUUGUUUUGACCGAGAAGAGGAUAUUUACCAGUUUGCUUACUGCUACCCGUACACCUACACCCGCUUCCAGCAUUACCUUGACAGCCUGCAGAAGAGAAACAUGGAUUACUUCUUCCGGGAGCAACUGGGACAGAGUGUGCAACAGCGGCAGCUUGAGCUCCUGACAAUAACCAGCCCUGACAAUCUCCAGGAAGGGGCGGAGCAGAAGGUUAUUUUUAUCACAGGACGCAUCCAUCCAGGGGAAACACCCUCUUCAUUUGUGUGCCAAGGCAUCAUUGACUUCCUCAUAAGCCAGCACCCUAUUGCCCGUGUCUUGAGGCAGCACCUAGUCUUCAAGAUUGCACCAAUGCUCAACCCUGAUGGAGUCUACCUGGGCAAUUACAGGUGCUCUCUGAUGGGGUUUGAUCUGAAUCGUCACUGGCUGGAUCCAUCUCCAUGGGCCCAUCCAACCCUGCAUGGGGUGAAACAGCUCAUUGUCCAGAUGUACAAUGACCCGAAAACAAGCCUGGAGUUUUACAUUGACAUCCAUGCCCACUCCACCAUGAUGAAUGGCUUCAUGUACGGAAACAUCUUUGAGGAUGAGGAGCUGUUCCAGAGGCAAGCCAUCUUUCCCAAACUCCUCUGCCAGAAUGCUGAGGACUUCUCCUAUUCCAGCACAUCCUUCAACCGAGAUGCGAUGAAAGCAGGAACUGGUCGCCGCUUCCUUGGGGGACUCCUGGACCACACUUCCUACUGCUAUACUUUGGAAGUCUCCUUCUACAGCUACAUCAUCGGGGGCACCACCGCUGCUGUACCAUACACCGAAGAAGCUUAUAUCCUUGAUAUGAAGCUGGGCCGGAAUGUGGCAAGGACAUUUCUGGACUACUAUCGGCUGAACUCCCUGGUCGAGAAGGUGGCGAGCCCAAUGCCCAGGCUGCGGAAAGAAAAAGCCCCUCCCUACAAGCACCCACUCCCGCAGAGCAGCUACCCCAACGGCAAAGGGAACAAGAAGAGCUCAGUGAACCACAAAGACCCUUCCAAUCCUUUCUAA